AUGGUUCUCGCUGCACGAUUAGAGCAAGAGGAAAGACGAAAGGAGAAGCAUCGCAAAAUGGAAGCUGACAGGGAGAAAAUGCGGCGGAACAUAAGGGAAAAGUAUAAUAUCAAAAAGAAAGACAAUGAGACUGAGUAUGUUGAGGGACAAAUCAUGGGAAUGCGCAAGAGCCCUGAACAACUAGCCUACGAACAGCAACAAGCUGAUGACAGUAUAGUUGGCCAGCUCGGUCUUACAGAAGCACUUCAAAAGGCGAAAACAACCGUGAACGGAGCUGUGGAUACGGUGAAGGGCAUAUUUACCUUUGGUCCUUUUUCGAAAUAA